AAAAUUCGUUCUCAUUCUUUUGACCGAAUCUAUUAUUAAUAAAAUUAAAUAAAAAAAUUCGCUUGAUAAUUAAUUAAAUUAACGAAUUUUCUACGCUAUCAUUGUUAUCGAUUUGGAUGUCGAUGUUUUCAUCAUGUCCAAUGGUCUACUUGGAAAUAGAUCAUUUUCAAUGAUCAACAAUGAAAUAGACGAUUCUUCAUUGAGAAAGAUGACAAUAUUUGAAUUAAAAUUGAGAACAAAUCGUAUUUAUAUUGGCGAAACAAAUAAUGAAAUUUCAGAUGUCCAAAUUCUUCCAGAUCGUAUCGUAUUGAACCGCAUACGUCUUAAAACUGGCCCUGGAGAAUACAAUAUUACCUUACCGUAUGUGGAAAUGAAAGCCAUACGUUAUUGUUUUUGUUCGGAUGUUUCAGCCAUCUUUAUUCAACCAAUUUUUGAAUCCUUUUUAAAAUUAUCAGAAUGGACUCGAAAAGCUGGAGCAAACAAUGCACCAAUUCAAUCUUUGAAAAGGUCUGUACCGGAAAAUUUUGUCAUGAUCAACCUUCAAGCUGAUAUUGAUCCUAUACAUCUGAGUGAAUUCCGUACAGCUGCAAAGGAAUGCCAUCGGGACUUGCAGGUGUUUGAAAUUAAUAUUACACACGCUACUAAAUAUCUUAAUCAACCAAAUAAAUUAUUUCAAUCGAAUCAAAUCAGAACAUCAUCAUCUAGCUAUAAUCAUUUCAAACGAAAAAAAGAUGAUAAACUUGAAGAAGUUAUCGAUAUCGAUGAUGAAGAUGAAGAGAAACAUGGCGAUAUCCAAACACAGGACAAAUCUAAAUACAAGAAUAACAUAUUGGAUCAAGCCAUUCUGAAAUAUCCGAACGAUGAGGACUUUAAACCAAUCAUACUAUAUGGCAAUGAUUUAAAAUGUUUACGGGAUGGACAAUAUCUAAACGAUAACAUAAUGAACUUUUAUCUAAAGUAUUAUCAAAUCAAUGGGCAGAUUCCACAGGAAAUAGUUGAUAAGAUUCACAUAUUUGAUGCUCUAUUUGCUACACAUUUAUUGACUGUCAACAAUAAACGUCAAUACAAAUACAUGGAAAAUUCAAAAACUUUUGUAAAUAAUACCAACGAUAUUCUAGAAAAUUCUUACCAUAAAAAGUUGAAAAAAUGGACCAAAGACAUUGAUAUAUUUUCGAAAGAUUUUCUUCUUAUUCCAUUAGUCAUCAAGGGUCAUUGGUUUUUGAUCAUUUUAUGCUACAUUGGUAAUGUGAUUGGUAACGCAAAUAAUUCAGCCAAUACAGCUUCGUCUGUGAUGAGAAUAACACGACAACAAAAUGAUGUGGCAACAAAACGGCCAACAUUUAUUGUGAUGGAUUCUAUUGACUGUAAAAUUAAACGUAAUGAAAUAUUUUCCUAUUUAUUGGGAUUUUUACGACUUGAACUCAAAGAGAAACGUUCACUCGAAUUUUCAUCAAUUGAAUGGUCUAAUUUCCGAAGCAUCUCUGCCAAUGUACCACAACAACAAAAUACAUAUGAUUGUGGCCUCUUUGUAUUGGAAUAUAUUGAACGAUUUUUAAAAGCUCCCGAAGAUAUCUAUAAUAAACUACUACAGGAUAAAUCAUCUCUUCAUGAUUGGUUCGAAUCAGAAACAUUACAUCAUAAACGGGCAAAAAUUCAGCAAAUCAUAUUGAAUAUGUUACCUCCUGAUGAUGCUAAAAAUCUUGAAGAUCAACUAACACGAAUUCAACUUCGUUGUAUGCGAAAUGGAGUAAUAUAAUAAUUGAACAUUUUUAUCAAAAUUGUUGAAAUCAUUUAUUAGGAGGUGUUGUAAUUUUUCUUUGUCAACUUUUUCAAAACGAAAAUCUUAUUUUUUAUUCUUUAUACAUACAAUGAAUUCCUAUAAACAUUUGAACUUUCAUUAUCAAUUUAAAUGAUACAAAACAAACUGGUAUCACAUUACCAAUGUUUAAAUUCUCGACAAAUUAAAAAAAAGAGUAAAAUUUUUAC